UCUGUGUUCAGAGUAGAGCAGCACAGCUGUAGGUAAUUAGAUAUCCUGGUUAGUAGUAGUACUGAAGUGACCUGACCUGCCUUGUGCUUGUCCUGUCACUCACUGCCAAUACCAGUCCUUAAUCAAGUAGCACCCAACAGUAGCUGUUUUGGCUUUUUGAAAAAAAAUAAUAAGUUUGAACAGUGUUGAUGUGAUUACAGUACAGUGGAUGGAGAUGGGAUGGGAUGGGAUGGGAUCUUUAUCAGAAGAGCUAGUUGAUACUUGAUCAUGCAAAUGGCCCUGCAGUUAUGAUUACCUAAUAUUAAUUUUUUUAUAUAUAUGGAAGCUUUGUGGAGUGAAUAUUUGGUAGACUUGUUUUAAGCCUUGCCUGCUUUUCUAUAUUAGACACCAAUCCCAAUAUGUUGAACAGCUCUAGAAAGGAGUGAAAAUGGAUAUGGGUAUAUAUCUAGAUGGUUUCUGGGAUGUUUUGUUUGAUCUGGGUAACUGUUUAUAGCAAAAUUUUGCUCUCAGGGAUUGACUUGCUGAAGUUUUGAAGUUUGAAUUUCUGUUCUUACUGGAAGCUUCUAUCAAAUAGGUAAGUGGGUGUUUUUGAGGCUUUUGAGGAACCCAAUGAUUAAGCUGUGAGAUUCUCAGUGCAGAGCAAGCUCAAGUUCCAUGAAAUUUUUGCAGUGAAAUCAUAAGCAUUUCGGUUGUAUUCUUUAUGCUGGUGUUGAAACUUAGGAGGCCUGUAAUAGAACCUUGACUGCAAGGUUUGGUAGGUAGUGAAAUCCAUGAAUAAUACUAAUAAUAAUAGCUGGCUUGCAUUCUCCCUCUCACCCCACUUAGCAGUAGAGGCUGGGGGUAGGGAUCCUCCUCAUGAGUCUUCUGCGCAGUCAGCUUCAAGUAGCUUCUGUAAUUUGCAGGCUUCUUCUCAGAUGCCUCGUUCAACUAUCACUUAUCACAGCUAUGGAGAAAGUGGAGGGGGUCCAUUUUAUACUACUAUGCCCUUGAGGUCUGAUGGUUCUCUCUGUAUCAUGGAGGUCCUCAGCAGGUCUCAAACAGAAGAUUGGAAUGAUUUGAAGCCACCUGGACUGCAACCAGCAGGCCUUCAAUCAAACAUGAUGGACAGAAGGCUUUCUAGAGUACAAGCUACACGGUAUGACAUGGCUCAAAAGAAUUCAGGAGAUCAUGUGAGCCCUAAACUGGAGGACUUCUUAGGCCAGUAUUCCAGUAACAGAGACUCAGUGCCUCUGAGCAUGGAGGGCAUGUAUUAUGAACAACAUAAUGGUCCUUCUGGUUUUGAUAGGGAUUCCUGCAACUCAAGGAUCAAUGUUAACCAGCUUCCACUAUCGCGGCCCAUGGAAGUUCCAUCUCCUUGGAACAACAACACCUAUGAAACUGCAAUGCAGGAGCAGCCUAAUCUGUUGUUUCAGGCUGCAUUGGAGCAUGAUGAUGAUGAGUCAUCCAAGGAGAGCAUGUUUGCAGAUUGCAGUCUUCAGUUCAAUCCUCACCAUGGGGGAGAAAUCAUGGACAAUGCUGUCGGUAUAUCUGCUAUGAAACCAUGGUUUAGACAAUACCCCACAGACAUGAAGGAUGACGAUAACAGCAAUAACAAUAGUGGCAGUAAUUUUCAAUCACAGGCAGCCUUGACCUUAACCAUGAGUCCUGGAUCCCAGUCUAGUGCUGUUACUGUUAUUCCACAGUCAACUAAUACUGAUUGUGUUACAGUUGAAACCAGGAAAAGAGGGGCAGGUGGAAGGUCUAGGCAACCUGUUCCUAGAAAAUCCAUUGAUACAUUUGGCCAAAGGACUUCUCAGUACCGUGGAGUUACAAGGCACAGAUGGACUGGUCGGUAUGAAGCUCACCUCUGGGACAAUAGCUGCAAGAAAGAAGGCCAAACAAGGAAAGGAAGACAAGUCUACUUGGGAGGAUAUGAUAAAGAAGAGAAGGCUGCAAGAUCAUAUGACCUGGCUGCUCUCAAGUACUGGGGGCCUACUACUCACAUAAACUUCCCGUUGAGCACUUAUGAGAAGGAGCUUGAAGAGAUGAAGCCCAUGACAAGGCAGGAGUAUGUUGCAAAUUUAAGAAGAAAAAGCAGUGGAUUUUCCAGGGGAGCAUCCAUGUACAGAGGAGUAACUAGGCAUCACCAGCAUGGGAGAUGGCAGGCACGCAUUGGUAGAGUUGCAGGAAACAAGGACCUUUAUCUUGGAACUUUCAGUACGCAGGAGGAGGCGGCAGAAGCCUACGACAUAGCGGCCAUAAAAUUCCGCGGCGUGAACGCAGUGACAAACUUCGACAUCAGCAAAUACGACGUCCAAAAGAUCUCCGACUGCACUACUUUGCCAUCCCCUGAACUGGCCCGGCGGAGCAAAGAAAUCACAGACAACGGCGGCGCCACCGCAAGCACCUCUCCGCCGCUCCAGAUCAGCAACAGAGAAACCGAUAAAAUCGAACAGAGCUGGGAAAUAAUGGCGGUCGACGAGCAGGAGCGCCGCCGCUGCGAGAACGGAAGCACACAUACACAAUCGGAAGAAGAGAAGCCCGCAGAGGUUUUACGCAACCAGCAACACAUGGCCGCCGUUUUGCACAAUCUGAUUGUGCAGCAAAACGGCGAAUUGACUGACAUUUCUGCUGGUACAACCGAUGUGCUACAGGUCAGGGGUUCGAGUCACAGCUCAAGCCCAGGGCAUUCUCAGGACGGCACUGUGCACGAAAAUGUGCAGCUACAGGGCGAAUUUUCGCCUGCUUUGCUUCUCUUCUCCACAUCUAAACACGAUCCCUCACCUGGAGGAAACUAUGAAUCGAAUACUACUAAAACUAACAGCUGGAUUCAACAGCCUGUUCCUCAUCACCAUCAUUUACCAAUGUUUGCAGCUUGGAACAGCACGUAACCCGAUCUGCCACUUGUCUUGAUACGCCAAACAGAAAACGAGAUCUGAUUUGUUUUAGUUACAGAAAUUCUGCGACCGUUUUGAAAUUCAUGUGGGUUGCAGCAGAAGCACGAUCUCGUAUCUGGAAUGAAUUGGUUUUUCUUCAUUUUGUUUUUUCUUGCGAAGAAAAACCUGUAAAAGCACAGUAUUAAAUAUAUGGUAUACGAUGUAAAGAUUUGAUCUCUCUCAGGCAAUCUGUAUUUGAUACAAUUUUUCAA